AAUGAUGAUUCAUUUGUGAUUUCGUUUUCAUUAAUUCAUGAGAAUGGUUGCUUCUAUGUUUAGUCUAGUGCUGUUUAUGCAAUUAUCAAUAUUCUUCGCAGCAUCCAUGGAAGUAAAGUCCAAGAUUUUUGGUGAUGAUAACAUAGUCUAUUCAACUUCAUAUGGUGAUGAAUUGUUUUAUUUGAACGGCGAUUUAGUAGAUAGAGUUUUGUUCUGCAAGACCAUACAGUUACACCAUGCAGAUCAUUGUGUGUUUGAAGGCUACAAUGAUGCAACAAAUUACUGUGGUUCGGACCUAUUGUCCGGAGGAGGAAGGAGGUUAUUGGGGAAGCCGGAGAUAGGAAAUUAUAGAGCUGAUCUUAACUCGAACCAGAAGCACAUCAAAGGAUAUCCGGACUGGACGAUAAUACUGAUGAUAGCAGCUGGAGUUCUUCUGACAUGCUGUAUUUGUUGCUGCUGCUGUAUUUGUUGGAGAAAGAGAGCAAACGCCCACACUGUUAUUACACAGGAUUCGAAUUCAUCUUCCCAUAUGGAAAUGAAUAUUCAUUUUCCACCGGAAACAAUUCCGACCACCCUACUAAGGGUACAGCCUAAUCCUUCCCUAUUACCAAUGUCUCCGAAACUUGGAAGAACAGGAUCAGUGCAUCUGACUAUGACAGAGGUGGCUAGAGCUACCUGUAAUUUCUCGCCGGAACUUCAGAUAGGUGAAGGAGGGUUCGGAACUGUUUACAAGGCCCUCCUAGGUUCUGGUCAGUUUGUUGCCGUUAAAAGAGCAAAGAAGGAACAUCUAGAGAAGCUGCAAACUGAGUUCAGCAGUGAAGUUGAACUUUUAGCCAACAUCGAUCAUCGGAACCUCGUGAAGUUACUUGGUUAUGUCGAUAGUGGAGAUGAACGCCUUAUUAUUACAGAAUAUGUACCCAAUGGCACUCUCAGAGAUCAUUUGGAUGGUCAACGUGGCAAGAUCUUGGAUUUCAAUCAGCGUCUUGAAAUCGCCAUUGAUGUUGCUCAUGGCCUUACUUAUCUGCAUCUCUAUGCAGGGAAGCAAAUCAUUCACCGAGACGUGAAGUCAUCCAACAUACUUUUGACAGAAAGCAUGCGAGCUAAAGUGGGAGAUUUUGGAUUUGCAAUAGUUGGUCCCAUGGACUCCGACCAAACACAUAUUUCAACCAAACUGAAAGGAACUGUCGGCUACCUAGAUCCUGAGUACAUGAAAACCUAUCACCUCACGGCCAAGAGCGAUGUGUAUUCGUUCGGGGUUGUACUUCUAGAAAUUUUGACAGGCCGCCGCCCAGUGGAGUUGAAAAGACCCUACCCGGACCGUGUCACACUUAAAUGGGCAUUCCGUAAGUAUAAUGAAGGGCACGUAAUUGAAUUGGUGGAUGGUAUGAUGGAAGAAGUGGUAGAUGCUGAGAUAUUAAUGAAGAUAUUUGCUUUGGCAUUUCAAUGUGCAGCACCCACAAGGAUUGAUCGGCCCCAAAUGAAAUCCGUGGCAGAACAGUUGUGGGCGAUAAGGGCAGACUACCUUAAGACUUCAAGGAGAAGGUAGAACGGGAGACAGAGUAAAGAAUAGUCUC